AGCAAACGUAGCAGCAUGCCGUCCAGCUCCUCCAUCCGAGAGCCCGAGGCCGUUUCGGGUGUCGGCCUGUCGCCCGCCAUCUCCUGCUACGAAGAUCCCAAUAAACCCUCGCCCGCCCAGCUGCGCCAGCAACGCUUCUGGUACAAGUUGCUGCGACGCUUUCGUCCCGACAAGGUCGACGACAAGCUGCCUAAGAGCUUUGUGCCUUUGACCGAACGCAACCUGACCGAGUUCUUCAACCCUGACUACAACGACGAGCACGAUGCCUUCCACGAAAUUCGCGGUCCCCGAAAGCUAUCGAUACCAGAAUGGCUUCAACUCCUACCAUGAGACCGAGGCCGUAGAGGGUGCCCUCCCCGUAGGGACCAACUCUCCACAGCAGCCUCCGUAUGGGCUGUACGCCGAGAAGCUGUCCGGCACGGCCUUUACGGCGCCGCGGGCAGAGAACCUGCAGUCGUGGCUGUACCGCAUCCUGCCCGCGUCGGCGCACACCAACUUCGAGCCGCGCGAGCACGCGACCUUCAACACCAACCCGGAGAACAAGCCGCACGAGAAGAUCCACCAGAUCCCGAACCAGCUGCGGUGGGACCCGUUCGACCUGGACGAGAGCGUCGACUGGGUGCACUCGCUGCACCUGCUGGCCGGCGCCGGCAACCCGACGAUGAAGAGCGGCAUCGGUAUCUACAUCUACGCCGCGGGCAAGGACAUGAAUGAGCGCGAGGCCUUCUACUCGGCCGACGGCGACUUCCUCAUCGUGCCGCAGCACGGCGUGCUAGACGUACAGACGGAGCUGGGCAAGCUGCUGGUGCGGCCCAACGAGAUCUGCGUCAUCCCGCGCGGCGUGCGAUACCGGGUGACGCUGCCGCAGGGCCCGGUGCGCGGCUACAUCCUCGAGCUGUACCAAGGGCACUUCCAGCUGCCGGAGCUAGGGCCGAUCGGGAGCAACGGGCUGGCGAACGCGCGCGACUUCCAGGCGCCGGUCGCGCACUUCGACGAGGACACGGCCAGCGAGUGGACGCUGCUCUCCAAGUUUGCGGGCCACCUCUUCGCGGCCAAGCAGACGCACACGCCCUUUGACAUUGUCGCCUGGCACGGCACGUACUACCCGUACAAGUACGACCUGGGGCGCUUCAACACAAUCGGCAGCGUGUCGUUCGACCACCCAGAUCCGUCCAUCUACACGGUGCUGACGGCGCAAUCGGACCACCCGGGCACUGCCGUCGCCGACUUUGUCAUCUUCCCCCCGCGCUGGCUCGUCGCCGAAGACACGUUCCGCCCGCCCUGGUACCAUCGCAACACGAUGAGCGAGUUCAUGGGCCUCGUCACGGGCCAGUACGACGCCAAGAUCGGCGGGGGCUUCCAGCCCGCCGGCGCCAGCCUGCACAACGUCAUGGCGGCGCAUGGGCCGGACGCGGCGACGCACGCGGCCGCCAGCGCCGCGGCUCUCAAGCCCCAGAAGGUGGGCGAGGGCAGCUUGGCCUUUAUGUUUGAGAGCUGCCUCAUGGUCGGCGUUACCGAGUGGGGGCUCAGCAAGUGCAGGAAGGUCCAGGCUGACUAUAAUGCUGAGAGCUGGGAGCCGUUGAAGCCGCGGUUUAAGCGGCCGACGCCCGCGGCCGUGAGGGUGGAUGAGGGAAGUAAGUAAAGUAGGUGUGGUCACAUUAGAUGGAUGGGUGGAAGGAGGAGGGAGGGUUGAGUUCCGUUUUAGUCCGUUUAGUUAUGCUUGGAUCUAGGAUCCAGAUUUUCUUUUGAAGAUGGGAAGUUUUUCUCUCGGUAUGUAGUUGGCUAGUUGGUUAGUACUCCGUAGCGACGACGGACGGAAGAAGGAUCGGGUCGGGACGGGUCGUUCGCUACCUAGCUCUCUACCUAGUCAGUCAUCUAGCUCUAGCUCUAGCUCUCUAGUCAUCUCUUUUGGCUACUAGGUACGUACGUGGGUAGGUAGGUAGGUAAUACGCAUCUGCUGUUAUGUCUGCAUGCACACUGGGAGUGCCUUACCAAGUAAGGUGGUUCUCGACCCUACGCCCAGCUAUAUAGGUAGUAUCCCGUCCGAACCCGAAC